AAUCACCCCAGGUUCACCAAAGAAUAAUCGUAAUGUCAGUCCAUAAGGCCUGUUUUCGUACGAGAAUCAACACUAGGUUGGGUUAAGUUUGCCACGUUUGUUUAUACGAUAGAUUACGAAGUCGCUGGGUCAUUCGUUCAUCUGUCAGCUGGUUAUGGAGCACAUCAGACUACCCAAGGUGGAACAUGUCAGACUCAUUGACAGGAUUUCGACCAGGAGGUCCAGUCUGGGCACGCUGUACCUGACAGCCACCCACACCAUCUUUGUAGAGAACGAGACGGAGAUGCGCAGUGAAACAUGGGUGCUUCACAGUUUGGUGUGCAGCGUGGAAAAACAAGCCACCACAACCACUGGAUGUCCACUGCUCAUUCACUGCAAAAACUUCCAGAGUCUUCAUUUUCUCCUUCCUUUGGAGAGGGAUUGUCAUGAUGUGCAAGUGUCCCUGCAGCGACUCUCUCAGCCAGAGCACUACGAGGAGCUGUAUUGCUUCUCUUAUAACCCCAACACAAACAAGGAAAAGAAACAGCAGGAGUGGGACUUCUUGGACCUCAAGGCUGAUUACAACCGGCAGGGAAUACCGAACUCUCUGUGGAAGCUGUCAUCCGUUAAUAAAGACUACAAGGUGAGUGACACUUACCCUGCAGACCUCUACGUACCUAAAUCGGCCACACGCCCGGUCAUUGUUGGGAGCUCCAAAUUUCGAAGCAGAGGCAGAUUUCCCACCCUGUCGUACUACUGCAAGGACAAGCAAGCUGCCAUCUGCCGUAGCAGCCAGCCUCUGUCGGGCUUCAGCGCGCGCUGCCUGGAGGACGAACAGAUGCUGGAGGCCAUAAUGAAGUCCAACCCCUGCAGCGACUUCAUGUAUGUGGUGGACACCAGACCCAAGCUGAAUGCGAUGGCAAACCGGGCUGCAGGGAAAGGCUAUGAAAACGAGGACAACUACUCCAACAUCAAGUUUCAGUUCAUCGCCAUCGAGAACAUCCAUGUCAUGAGGAACAGCCAACAAAAAAUGAUAGAAGUGUGUGAGCUGCGUUCCCCCUCCAUGUCGGACUUCCUAGAGGGCUUGGAGAGCUCAGGCUGGCUGAAACACAUCAAAGCUGUCUUAGAUGCUGGUAUCUUUGUCACUAAGGCUAUUGCUGAGGAGGGUGUCAGUGUCCUGGUUCACUGCUCAGAUGGUUGGGAUCGUACUGCCCAGGUGUGUUCAGUGGCCUGUGUGCUGCUGGACCCUUACUACAGGACGCUCAAAGGCUUCAUGGUUCUCAUUGAGAGGGACUGGGUCUCGUUCGGACACAAGUUCUCACACAGAUGUAACCACCUGGAUGGAGACCCGAGGGAGGUGUCCCCCAUCGUCGAUCAGUUCCUAGAAUGUGUGUGGCAGCUGACGGAGCAGUUCCCCUGCGCUUUUGAGUUCAACGAGAGGUUCCUCAUCACCAUUCACAACCACAUCUACUCCUGCCAGUAUGGCAACUUCAUUGGCAACUGCCGGCGCGAGAGGAUGGAGCUGGGACUGAAAGAGAAGACCCAUUCUCUGUGGACGUACCUGUGGAAGAAGCGGACCGACUACAUCAACCCCCUGUACAGGCCCGACCAAAGCCAGACUCAAGGUGUUCUCCGUCCCUCUACUGCCCCCUACUGUUUCAAGUUCUGGAGAGCACUGUACAACCGCUUUGACAGAGGGAUGCAUCCUCGCCAGUCUGUUGGAGAUUACCUGAUGGCCAUCCAAGAGGAGACCCAGCAGCUAGAAGAGCAGCUGGCCUCCCACAAAGAGAAAAUAACCAAGUUGGAGAAGGAGCAGGGGUGGAGGGCUGAUGUGAAAGCAGCCACCUUCGAUAGAAGCCCUGCUGGGUGGACCCCUCCCUCUGGUAACAGCCUGGCUUUGGCCAACACCCCUCAAGACUAUGCCGGGGGAUUCAUUACCAGCAGCCCUUGUCAGCAGAGGGCACCAGAGAACAGCUUGCUCGUGCUACCCGAGGACCUGAGAAAAACCUCUGACCCCAACCUCUCCAUCAAUAGUGACCAAGAGUCCGGUGUUGCGGACCUCAGCUGCCGUUCGCCCCUCAGCGAGGAUAGCUCCAGAGACCCAGACUCUGAUGAAGCUGCCUACUCUGCUGCCUGAGUAAGGGUAGCGCUGAUGAGACCAAAGGGUGAGGGGAGGUGUAUAGCAUCUGCAGCUGUCGAAAGGGCCAUUGAACAAUGAGUGAACUACUGAAACUUCUGGAAAACGAUGAGCCAUUUGAAAGUGUGUAUGUGUGUGCGUGCAUGCAUGUGUGCAUGUAUGCAUACAUGUGUGAAUGUGCUUUUUAUUUCGGGUACUACUUAAAACUGAUUAGUCUUUUGUACUCUGCAGACAUUCAUUUUGCCUUUUUUUUUCCAAGGUCAUGCAAGGAAAAUUGUUUUAGGUCUGCCACGCAGCGGCAGGCUGUUUGGGUUUAGCAAUUGACCUGACUUGGCUUGCGCCACUCGCUCCAUGUGACCACAAAAGUUGAUUUUGUCCCGGUACAGUAUAUACAGUGCUCCACGUGAAAAGGAUGCAGUUUCCAGCAGCAAAGAAGGCGUAUUUAAACAGAAGGUUUAAAUAUUACACUGUGUCAACAACGAAAUCAAGUAACCUGACUUGCCUCCAUAGCUACCCCUUCUAGAGAGUUCAGUUAUAUUUCCCGAGUUAUUGCAUGCUGAACUGUAACUGAGGCUCACUGUUUUAUAGCAGGGACUUUAGACUCCACACAUCACGUCAGGUUACGAAUGUAGACCAACGGUUAAAAUGUGUGUUUACAUGUCACACGUGUGCAUAUGAUUUCAGAUGUUCAAAUCUCUCUAUGCCUAAAUAUCUAGCACUUUUGAUGGGACACCUUUGUCAAACCGAAUUCAUGGCAAUGGGAACCCGUAGUCCUCUUGUACAACUGUUAUAAUCGUGCAUCCUGUAAAUAGCAGGACUCCUGUACGCCUAGACAGCAGAAAACAAGAGACAAGAACAUGUGAGGACAUAGACAUACUUUUGCUUGGGGCAGCAGAUAGUUGUUUGUCUUUCUGAAUAUCUGUAGCAACCAUGCAUUCUCGCUCUCUCUUUCUCUCUGUAACUGUAGAACAACACUAAAAGGCAUGAAGAAGCUGGCCAUUGGUCACAUUCAAUGUAUUUCAUGUAUUCAGGUCACUAAGUAAAGCAUGUUUAGGUAUUUUUGUACGGUGUCCAUAUCCUCUUGCCGUUUGUAAUCCGGCUGUACUGCAUGUUACUUUAUUUACAUCUAGAGGGCCUUAUGUUUUGUCAUGAAAACAUAUAUAUUUUGAAUGAAACAGUUAUAUGUGACUGAAAUAAUUUGUUCAAAUGGUCGAGAUGCCAAAUUUGUUCUGAAUGUGAUAUAUUGCAAACCAUGUAGG